AUGGUGUCGACGAAAUCCAUGAAGGCAGCGGAGAAGGCAGCUCAGGCAGCCGGGAGGAACACCGAGGCGGGCGAUGUUGAUCUCGACGGGGUGGUGAUGGAGGACGUCAUCGAGCUGGAGGCGAUGAAACUGGUGGUGCACGAGCACUCUGAUGCGCUGGCUCGGCUCGAAGAAGGCCUAGCAAGGGUGCAGGCUGACGCGAAGGCGGAUGCUGAUGAUCUGCGACAGAGGCUGGAGGACCUGAUGCGUGCGAUUGCCUCGCUGCAGGCAAAGGGGGACGGAUCAGGUGGAGCGCCAAUUCCGGCUGAGUCGGCGAUCGAAGGAGGCGGCGCGACGGGGGCUGCGGAGACGGCGGCGACCGCGGCUGGCGGGGCGGCUGUCGGCGGGACCACGGCGGCGCAGGUGGGCGCGGCUCUCGCGAAGGUCGGCGGCGGGGCGAGCGCGGCAAGGGCGGCGGCGGCUCAGGCCGAAGGAAGCAGGGCGGCGGACACCGGGCCGGGCCGAGCUGAUCGAACUGCAGUAGGGUUGGGCUCGGGUCUGUUACCGACGCCUACGACCCAAGAGAUUGCGGCACGGAAGGGAAAGGCUAAGAUGUCCGGGUAUGACACGGACGGGCUGCCUAUGGGUAAUGGGCCGGGACCGUUGGGCCACUACACGAAGGUCCAUAACGGGCUGGGAUGGUUGGAUCUGGAAGAUGGGCCCGAGCAUGACAAACUGAGCCUGGCGGAUCAGCAGGCCCAGUGGGCUGAACCGGAGUUGGACCUGAGGGGGUCGGGUGGGCCGGUGACCAGAUGGGGCAGGGAGGGUCGGCUCCAAGGGGGCGGACCGUAG